GUUGUCUGGGACACGCUGGGAAACANNNUUUAUCUCACCUUUCUUUCCAGGACAAAAACCCAGAAUUUCUGCCGCAACGAGUAUAACCUGACCGGUCUGUGCAACCGUUCCUCCUGCCCGCUGGCAAACAGCCAGUAUGCGACCAUCAGGGAGGAGAAAGGUCGGUGUUACCUGUACAUGAAGACGAUAGAGCGGGCAGCUUUUCCCCGUCGACUCUGGGAGCGGGUCCUACUAAGCAAGAACUAUGAGAAGGCACUGGAAGAGAUAGACGAGAACCUCAUCUACUGGCCGCGGUUCAUCCGACACAAAUGCAAGCAGCGAUUUACUAAGAUCACACAGUACCUUAUCCGCAUCCGGAAGCUGACGCUCAAGCGACAGAGGAAGCUUGUUCCUCUGCGCAGAAAGAUUGAAAGGCGAGAGAAGAGAAGAGAGGAGAAAGCCCUGAUUGCCGCUCAGCUGGAUAACGCCAUUGAGAAGGAGUUACUGGAAAGACUGAAACAGGACACAUAUGGAGACAUUUACAACUUCCCCAUUCAUGCCUUUGACAAAGCCUUACAACAGCAAGAUGCAGAAAGCGAGAGCGAGUCCGACGCAGAGAAGGAAGAAGAUGAUGAUGAGGACAUGAGUAAAAGAGAGUUUGUGGAAGCAGAUGACAGUGACCUCAGCGACUUUGAGGACAUGGAUAAGUUGGAGACAAGUAGUGAAGAGGAACGGGAAGAGGAGGAAGAAGUAGAGAAGAAAGCCUCUCACUCCAAAUCUAAAGGGAAAACUCCCCUGAAAGGACCAGCCAGAAGAAAACGUCCCUACAUUGAAAUAGAGUAUGAAGAAGAAACAGAGCCAACCACCAAAACAAAAGCAGCCUGACUCCUUCCUGAACCCGCAUUUUGUACUGAAUGACAGGACUCCAGUUCUGUCACUAGAACUCCUUCCAGCUUUCGCCACUCUGUGCAGGAGCCUCAAAAAUUACUCCUUUUUCAAUAUUCUAAUUGAUAAUUUUCUUU